GAUUGUUUGAGCAAAGUUUACAAGUCUGAUGGUUUCAUCGGAUUGUAUAGAGGUUUUGGAGUUUCAGUUUUGGGAAUUGUAGUAUAUAGAGGUGUCUAUUUUGGUACAUAUGACACAGCUAAGGGUACAAUAUUUAAAAAUCCAAUGAUGAAUAACAUUAUUGCAAAAUUCAUUGUUGCUUAAUUCAUCACCGGAACUGCAGGAGUCAUCUCAUAUCCCUUAGAUACAAUUAGAAGAAGAAUGAUGAUGUAAUCAGGAAGAGCUGAUAUUCUUUAUAAAAAUACACUCGAUUGUGCUGUCAAAAUUGCUAAGAAUGAAGGAACAAAAGCCUUCUUCAAAGGAGCCCUUUCUAAUUUCUUCAGAGGAAUUGGUGCUUCACUCGUUUUAGUCCUUUAUGAUGAAAUCUAACAAUUCGUUGCUCCAGGAUCUAAAUCUUCAGGAGGUGAAUGAUACAUUAUUUUUACGUUCAAUAUACAUAUCCAAAAAUCAUAUCUGCAUUAAA